AUGUUCAAGAGCAAGGCCCCCCCGUCAAAGGAGGCCGCAGGCGCUCCUCCUGCUGCUGCAGCAACUGAGGUAGAGAUGGCUAGCUACCCUGCUGGUAUGGUGACUACGCCGAUUCCUCGAUUAACAUGGCGGUCCGCGGUGAUGGGGGUUUUUGUGUCAAUGGGAGGGUUCCUCUUCGGUUAUGACACUGGACAGAUCUCAGGUAUUCUGGAGAUGGAAGAUUUCAAGAGGCGAUUUGGCGAACCUAGUCGCAAGGACUACAUGUUCUCCAAUGUUCGUGCUGGAUUGAUUGUGGCGUUGCUCUCGGUUGGAACGUUGAUAGGUGCCCUGAUAGCCGGUCCCUUGGCCGACAGGGUUGGACGGAAGUGGUCAAUAUCUUUCUGGUGCGGAAUCCUUUCAGCUGGUAUCAUUGUCCAAAUUACUUCGGAAGAACCAAGAUGGUACCAAGUAGCUAUUGGACGGUGGGUUACCGGCCUAGGAGUCGGGUCUCUCUCUCUACUUGUCCCUUUAUAUCAGGGAGAGAGUGCUCCUAGGCAUAUCCGCGGUGCUCUAGUCAGGUAUGCUGUUUCCCUAUAUGUCUCUGCAAAUUAUCACAAGCUAACAUGUCCAUUAACUACCAGUACCUACCAACUAUUCAUCACACUCGGCAUUUUCAUUGCCAAUUGCAUUAACUACGGAACAGAAGCUCGUCCGGACUCUAGUUCCUGGCGAAUCCCGAUGGGAGUCACUUUCAUCUGGGCAGCUAUCCUAGGAUUCGGCAUAAUCUUCUUCCCUGAGACACCCCGAUAUGACUAUCGACACAACCGAAUUGAAAAGGCCAAGCGAACAAUGAUGAAGCUCAACGGAGUUCCAGAGAACCACGAAAAACUACAUGAAGAGUUCAAUGAAAUCAAGCGUCAGCAUGAAGAAGACCAACUUACCAAGGACCAACCAUGGUAUCAGAUAUUCUUUGCGCCAACUAUGCGCUCCAGAUUGCUUCUUGGAAUAACACUACAAGCUUUCCAGCAGCUGACGGGUGCAAACUACUUCUUCUAUUAUGGAACUUUUGUCUUCCGAGGUGCUGGUCUGAGCAACAGCUACGUCACCCAGAUGAUUCUAGGAGCUGUAAAUUUCGUCGCUACCUUUAUAGGACUCUACAACAUCGAGCAUUUCGGAAGACGUAAGUCUCUCAUUGGUGGAGCUCUCUGGAUGUUCGUCUGCUUCAUCAUAUAUGCCUCUGUCGGCCACUUCGUACUUAAUCGUGAUGAGCCAGCAUUAACUCCCGGAGCUGGUAAAGUGAUGGUUGCCUUCUCAUGCCUAUUCAUUGUUGGAUUUGCAUGCACAUGGGGACCAAUGGUAUGGGCUAUCAUCGCCGAAUUAUACCCAUCUCGAUAUCGUGCUACCGCAAUGGCAAUGGCAACCGCAUCGAACUGGCUAUGGAACUUCCUUCUGGCGUUCUUCACGCCCUUUAUUGUUGGCGACAUCGAUUUCUUGUACGGCUUUGUGUUCGCUGGCUGCCUGAUAAUUGCUGCCGCUCUGGUCUACUUUGGCGUCAUUGAAGGUGCAGGACGGACUCUCGAGGAAAUCGAUUUGAUGUACCAUUUGCACGUCAAACCCUGGAAGAGCUCUAAAUACGUUAUUCCUCCUUCUUUCCAGAGGAAUGGAGAUUCCAAUGGAGAAAAUGGAACGUCUGCUCCCGCCUCUCAAAGUCAACCUGCAGAGCUUGCUACAUAA